GGGCUGGUGAGAGGUGACUUGUGCUGGACUCAUUCAGCCUCCCCCCUUUACAUACAGGCGCAGCAGAGGUCGCGGAGGAGAAGAAUCCAGCACCGCUGCUGCUUCAUGCUCCUCUCUCUGUACCCGCAUGUAGUUUCACUCCACUCGGUUCUACGCCGCGGUAACUGCUGAUGUUAGACGAAGGGAAAUAAUGAGUGAAAACAUCUGGGCGCGGCACACUUCAGAGGAAAUUGUUUCGCACUGUCGGAGGUCGUACGCAUUUUUUUAUUUGCCUUCUGUAUUUCCUUGCUGAAUGUCGUGGACAUUUUGGAUUUUUUUUUAAAUGGCCCGUGUCAUUAUAAGUCUUAGAAAUUAAGAGCGAGUUUAGCGCCAGUGCUUUGUUUGUUUGAGUCACACCUGGGAGGCAAACAACAAUUUAAAGAGUAGAAAAACAAGCGGAGGACGACGUUGAAGAAGUUGAGAGGAGAGAGACUGCGCUGGGCCACCGUCCUCCGAGCUGCUACCGCCGCCGCUGCCGCUGCUAACGCUAGCAACAAAACCCCCACUGACUGAACUACCGUCGGGAAAACCUACAAAAGCUCGCUAAUGUCCACUUCCACAAGUGUUUUCCCCACAAACGCACAGUACCCAUAACCUGGAUACCAGCCAAUGAGACACUGACGCGACAUUAACAGAGAUAAAUCGAUCAUCUGCCAUCCACUGGGAUCCAGGUGCUUCAGUCCUAAAUGACAAGUGACUGAGGAUGUCCAAGCGGAGCUUGUUUGUUCGGCUGGUGCCGUGCCGCUGCUUGCGGGGUGAGGAGGAGACGGUAACAUCGCUGGACUACUCCCACUGCAGCCUGGAGACUGUUCCUAAGGAGAUCUUUAGUUUUGAGAAGACCCUGCAGGAACUCUAUCUUGAUGCCAACCAGAUCGAGGAGCUGCCUAAACAACUGUUUAACUGCCAGUUACUACACCGGCUGAGCAUGCCAGAUAAUGACCUAACAGUGUUGCCAGCGGCGAUUGCAAACCUCAUCAAUCUCAGGGAGCUUGAUGUCAGCAAAAACAGCAUCCAGGAGUUUCCAGAAAACAUCAAGAACUGCAAAGUCCUAACUGUUGUAGAGGCCAGUGUGAAUCCCAUAUCAAAGCUCCCUGAAGGCUUCACGCAGCUUCUGAGUCUGACGCAGCUCUACCUGAAUGAUGCCUUUUUGGAGUUUCUACCAGCCAGCUUUGGGAGGUUGAGUAAAUUACAGAUCUUGGAGCUGAGGGAGAACCAGCUAAAAAUGUUGCCAAAAAGCAUGCAGAAACUCACACAGCUCGAGAGGUUGGACCUGGGGAGUAAUGAGUUCACUGAAGUGCCUGAGGUGUUGGAGCAGCUGACUGGAAUCAAGGAGCUGUGGAUAGAUGGGAACCGACUGACGUUUUUACCUGGGAUGCUUGGAAUGCUCAAACAGCUGGUGUAUCUGGACGUGUCCAAGAACAACCUGGAGAUGGUGGAUGAGCAAAUCUGUGGCUGUGAGAAUCUGCAGGACCUCCUGCUCUCCAACAACGCUCUCACACAGCUGCCCGGCUCCAUUGGCUCAUUGAAGAAACUGACUGCACUGAAAGUGGAUGAGAACCAGCUGAUGUACUUACCAGACUCUGUUGGAGGGCUGACAAAUCUGGAGGAGCUGGACUGCAGUUUCAAUGAGAUCGAAGCCUUGCCCUCCACUAUCGGACAGUGUGUUGCUAUGCGCACGUUUGCUGCAGAUCAUAAUUUCCUUGCACAGCUUCCCCUUGAGAUGGGGAACUGGAAGCAUGCAACUGUGCUCUUUCUACAUUCCAACAAGCUGGAGUCUUUGCCUGAGGAAAUGGGUGAUAUGCAGAGACUCAAGGUCAUCAAUCUCAGCAACAACAAGUUGAAGAACCUUCCAUACAAUUUCACUAAACUGAACCAGAUGACGGCAAUGUGGCUGUCUGAAAAUCAGUCGAAACCCCUGAUCCCUCUGCAGAAGGAGGAGGAUCCAGAGACACAAAAGACCGUGCUGACUAACUACAUGUUCCCCCAGCAGACCAGGACUGAGGACUACAUUCCCAACUCUGAUUCUGAGAGCUUCAAUCCAGCACUGUGGGAGGAACAACGCAAGCACCGAGCUCAGGUGGCCUUUGAGUGCGACGAGGACAAGGAUGAAAGAGAGGCACCACCAAGGGAGGGAAACCUGAAGCGCUACCCUACACCAUACCCAGAUGAGCUGAAGAACAUGGUGAAGACAGCCCAGUCAGUGGCUCACAGGCUAAAGGAGGAUGAGUCAAGUGACGAGGCAGGAAAACCAUUUGAGAGAAACCAUAUUGGUAUUCAGGAUGUGGGUGUUAAGGUGAUAGAGGCAUCUUGCCCCAACGGCACAGAGUCGGACACAGAGCCACAAGAAUCUGAGCAAAAUCCCUCCGCACCAGAAUCGGAAGACACUUUAGACACUUCUUAUAGCUCUCAAAGAGUCCCGCUGAAGUCUUCAGAGGGCUCUAUGAUGAACCAUGAGGACACACUGGAGGAUUCUGAGGAGCUGUCGGAUGAAGAGGAGAUGAAAAUUGCAGAGAUGAGACCUCCUCUUAUCGAGAUCUCCAUCAACCAGCCUAAAGUAGUGACUUUAAGUAAGGACAAAAAAGACGAUGGCAAAGACGCAGACUCUUUGCUGGAUGACACAGUGGCCAACAGCAACCAGAACAACAGCAACUGUUCAUCACCGUCACGCAUGUCUGACUCUGUGUCUCUGACCACUGACAGCAGUCAAGACAACUCUCUGUGCACCCCAGAGAGAGAGGCAAAGAUGCUUUUCCUCCCCAAAAGCCAGCAAGAAGAUGAGAAUAUGAACCAGCCAAAAGAAACCACCCCUCUCCUCCAUAAUGGAAAUGGCUCUGAAACGUCCCUCCAGGCCCUUUUGAAAACCCAGCAGAUGCCACCAGAAAAAAUGGGUGACUACGACCUGUCCAUGGAAGCCAGGUUGGCCUUCAUUGAGAAGGGAAUAAACAAUGGUAUGGAAAACAAUUAUACUAAGUGGGACCAGAUCAAUAUGAACGUGUCUAAGCCUCCGACCGACAACAUGCUUCGGCUGGAUGAGAUGGACAAAACCAAGAAUGGUUUAGCGCAGCAAGACUUGGGCGGCAAACAGAGUUAUAGCAAUGACAAAUUUGACCAUUUACAGAACGGAAACCAGCAGGUCAGUGACUCCAUCAAUCGUCUGGGGAACAUAAGCCAAGCAGUGAGAAUGGAGACAUCUGCUGUGCAUGUGGCCUCGACAGGCGUGACAGCCAGCAGUGACAUGUCUCUGUCUCGCAGCACAGAGGAACUGUCUCCAGAGAAAAGGUGCCAUCCCCAGCAGGUGAUGAAGUCCCACAGUAUCAGCAACAUAGAAGGUGGGGGUAUGAAGCUUUUCUCCUUUGAAGGGAAUGACGACACCUAUGAAGCAGCAUCAAUGACCAGGAUGGCAGGAGUUGGCCCGGGGCCAGGAGCUCAGGGCCAGAGCAUCGUCAGGAGCAAGUCUGCUGGUCAGUUACUCAAUGACCAGAAUCUCCAGGUUUACCCAGGCUCUGCUGCAUCUUCCUCAGACCUGCUCUCCUCCUCUAAACCUCCUGCCAGCACCAGCAGAUACCCAGUCUCCUCCAGCAUGGCCAUGGGCAUCCAUCCUCCUCAGUACAAUGUACAGUACACAAGCAGUGCCAUGCCAAAAGAUGGUCUCUGGGCCCAGAGGACGCCCAUGCCCCCAGAGCACCAAGGCUACCACCCUCCUCCAUCACAUUCACUAGCCAACACCAACUACUCCAAUCGCAAUCAGGCACCUCCCUACCCUCUACCACUGCAGCAAAGGGGAACUCCUAUGGCCCCCAAACCCUCUGGGGACAUGUGGGCUAAAGAAAGACUUCACUCUACUGGCAGUCAGCCUCGCAGUAGUACUCUGCAGAGGCAAAGCAGCUCUUCCUCCACAGCGUCAAUGGGUGACCCGAGGCGCAUGCAGUUGCCCGAGGGGGAAUACUUGACAUACAGAGACAUACACACCCUCGCCAGGGGCCCGCUGGCAAUGAGCCAGGCCAUGCAGCGGCCCCUCUCCGCUCGCACUUACAGCAUUGACAUACCCGGAGCUUCCAGGCCUUUCCCUGCUCGGCCACAGCCCCACGAACUUCCAGAAAGGACCAUGUCUGUCUGUGACUUCAACUACCAGCACAGCAGUCCCAGCAAGAGGCCCAACACCAGGGUGAAGUCCGAGCACUCGCUCCUGGACGGUCCUGCACAGGUGCCGGGAGCAGCGAGGGUGCCCACUGACUGGAGAGACCAUGUGAUGCGUCACAUUGAGGCCAAGAAAAUGGAAAAGAAUAUGCUGUCUCGCUCCUAUAAUUGCCAUAAUGCACCGCUGAGCUGGUCUCACUACAGCAGCUGUAGGGAUAUGCAUGCCAGCCAAGGGUCUCUGGUCAUUAGUGCCAGAGAGGGACAGUCCCCCGCAGCUCUGGGCUUCUGUGAUGAUGUGUAUGGACCCCCGGGGCAACAGAGUUACACCAUGGACCCCCACAGAAAAGUGCCUUUGAUGAACGGUCAGAUGGGCCCUGCUGCCCGUCCUCAGAUGAACCAGAUGCCCAUGGCCCGUCACCCUUCCAGAGAGCAGCUCAUCGAUUACCUGAUGCUCAAAGUCUCUCAGCCGCCCCAAGGCCCACCCAGAGUCUCACACGAUUCGCUGCAGCAAGAGUUCCGUGUGAAGGUGGAGAAGAAUCCAGAGCUGGGUUUCAGUAUAUCAGGAGGAGUGGGAGGUCGAGGAAACCCGUUCCAUCCAGAUGACAACGGUAUAUAUGUGACAAGGGUCCAGCCUGAAGGACCAGCAUCCAAGAUUCUGCAGCCUGGAGAUAAAAUUAUCCAGGCAAACGGAUACAACUUUGUGAAUAUUGAUCACGGGAAUGCAGUGUCCCUCCUGAAGACAUUUCCAAACACUGUGGAUAUGAUUAUCUCAAGAGACAUGCAAGCAUAGACUCAACUGACACGGACUCCUGGAGGGAGACGGGUGGGAGGGGAGGGGAGAGGACGAGUGUCAGAGGAGAGAAGAAGAGACAUUCAAGUUGACUCUUGUAUUUUUAUACACAUGAGAGGCUGUUGUGCUGAUGCCUGUUGGGACUAUUUAUACUUCACAGCCUUGAUAAAAACGGGGGGGAAACCACUGAAUGUAGUGGAUCCGAGUGGGAGGGCGGCAAACAUCUGCGAGUACGAGUCCUCUAAAAAGGCCAUCACUGUGGUAUAUAUAUAUUUUUAUACAAAAGAAGCUGAAGAUGCUCUGAUGCAAAUACUUACUGUGGUCUCUGUACAGAUCAUCUUUUUUCUUUUUUUUUUUAGUCCCAAACUCAUAAAUCCUUAUCAUUACUUGGGGUUUUCUUCCUGCGGAUGGACACAAAUCAACCACUAGAGGGACACGGCUCCCUCUCUCUCCUGUCGUCCACCUUGCCUUUCUUUCUCUUUUAAUUUAAGCUGUUGAAACGUUGUUUUUACUCUGUGGAGCGAUCAUAUACGGAGGACAGUGUUAUGUGCUUUUCAUGUGGCGAUGAAUGUAGAUCAAGGUGGUAUUGGGAUUCUAAAUUCUUUUUUCUCUUGUGAUAUCAAUUGAGUUGAGGAGAGGAAAACCAUCCUCCUCUCGCCUCCACCAACCUGUGAAAAUGCUCCGUCAUGGAGUCACAUGUACUCAAAUCCAUCUCAGAUAUCCUCACAGCAGCAGCAGCUCACAUGACUUGACCACUACCGGUGCUGUUUUGGGAGAAAGAAAUUGGAAGAGAUGCACUCAGCGAUAGCAGUGAGUCUGGGAGAUGGAAAUUCAGACUUGAGGGGAACAUGAGAGUUUGCUCGUCAAGUCAUAGUUUGACACUUUGGGAAAUAAGGUUAAAUCUCAUUUGUAUAACAUGCAAAAACAAACAUGAACAUGUUUUAUUAAUGUAAAGUUACAUGCUAAUUUCUGUCCGGGCCUAAAGAGUGUGCCGUCCUUUAGUUACUGCUGGUUUUCUGACAGUGGCUCAGAGUCCUCAACCCCAUAAUCAUGAUGUAAAACGUGUCAAUCAAAGGCAACUAUUUAACGGAAGGCGGAUUUUAUUAACUUAGCACAGGGUCACGAUUGCAGUUCACCACCAUUUCCAGCUUUUAAGUCAACGAGCUGCCGGCCACAGCCUUGUAAAUAUGCCCAGAAAUGAGAGUGGUGUCAGUCUCCUCGUCCAACUCUCUGUGCAUUUCCCUUAUAGUUAACAUUUUCCUUUUAAGCAAGAGAACGCAGGUGUGGGUUAUGCUAGUUAACCAAAGCAAGUGUGGAAAUGGAGAGGAGAAGGCAAAAGCAGGAGACGGUGAAGAAAGAUAUUUGAAUAAGAACGUUUCACUCGUGUGGUGUUGUUGUUUUUUGUUUUUUUUUAAGGGCUUCAUCUUUCAUGAAGGCAGUUACUGAUGCGAUGAGUGUUUCAGCAUGUGGCAGUUUUUUUCAUUUUUACAUGGCUGAAGACCACAGUUUGCCUUUUGUGUCUGUACAAAAUGUUUUAAUCAUGCUUUUUAACUCAUAACUUGGGAGCAGUGAAAUGUCUCGUGUGUUUUUUUUCUUUGCUGUACAGAGAAUAGCGUUUUUGGAGAAACACAUUGUCAAGUGCCAUAGACCUUGAACUGUUUGAUUAGGGAAAGGACCUUUGAUCCCAGAUUCCAAGCAAUAUUCACAUUUCCACAAGUACAUUUUCAGCAGAAAUGGCUUAAAAAGCAAUAUCAAAUCCUUUUUUCUUUUUUUGUCAUUUCAAACAUCAAAUUGUUUGGUUUUUUUAACACAACCUUUUACUAAUCCAUGAUGAUUUUACAUGAUUUUUAUAUUGAGAGAAAAAAAAAUCCUUUUUUGUAAUGAAAUGGCACAGGACAUAUGUACGAUAGUGCUAAAAACAAACAAUUCUCAGCAUUGUGUAAAAGUGAAUGUUGGUGUCACUUUGCCCACGGCUGUUUGUUUGUGUUCAUUGGUGCAAAAAGGUAGUAAAUCCACUUCCACUGUUGAAAAGUCAAUCCACUUAUAGCGUUUUAAAAUUCACAUCCCGACUGUUGAAGGACACUCGUGUUUUUUUUAAAGGCAGCGUUGUCACAUUUUAAAUGUACCUGUGAGUUGCAUGAAAUCAGCCUGUAACUGGUUAAAAAAAAAAAGUCACUCAGUGAGACGUGUUUCCAAAACAAAAUGGAAAUGAUAAAAACAUUAACUCAUGACUCCAGUCAAUCCCAGCAGUACAUUUAUGACCACUGAAUUGUUUGUACAGUAUAUGAUAGAAAUUAAAUUUUUAUCCCUGACAUGUUCGUACGUGCUGUUUGAAAGUGAAGCUGUGCCCUCAAUUUUUAAAUUGAAAAUUGGCCACUUUUAUUCACUGGCAAAUAAUACAUGUUAUUUUACACGGAUGGACUGUUUAUAUUAUUUGUUUUACUUUUGUUGGUGAUUUCUGUUGACUUAUUAUGAGUAGAGGAAAAAAUAAUUACUUCGGGUUAAUGGUCACUUUAUAUUCAAGGCAAAAAAAAAACGUUGAGUCUGACAUUGUAGACAAUCUUGGGAGAUAAAUCAUGUCACAUUUUCUUCAUCCAUGUUGGUCUGUUUCUUACGCUCCUGUGUUGUCCUUAUUUAUUUAGCAGUCUUCUGUUGAACUGUGUAGACCAUUACUAAUCAAAUUGUAAAUACUCUUCAAAAAGAAAAUUGAUUAUUACUGGCAUUAGUGACUUGCGAUUGUAAAACCAGCAAUAAAUUGCGAUGCAGAGGCACCCGUUUUAAUGUAUAGCUAGUAUUUCUAAGGUUUCUCUGGAAACCGUCACAGUGAGAAGAUUGAUAUGCAUUUAUCCAACAUUCCAGAUUUUGUACAUAAUGACCUGUUUCUGAAGUAACCUGUGGAAAAUAAACUAAUGCUCUUUAA